AUGGCGAUAUGGGAAGAAUUGCCUGUCGAUCUCCUUGUUAAGAUAGCGAAUCGCGUUAAAGUGAUGGAAGAUUUCAUUGCUUUACGUGCUGUUUGUACCUCGUGGCGAGUUUCUAUCACUAAGGAUGACAUGUUUUUGCCUCAAGUUCCAUUGCUUAUGCUGAAUACUACCAAAGAUAACAAAUAUCACAAAUAUCGAGAAUUUUACUCUUUAUCCAAGAAGAAAGUUGUACGAGUAUUUCUCCCCGAAGCUAGAUGUGGAGAUUGUGUGUCAUCGGAGGGAUGGCUUUGUACCAUGUCAUGCUACAGAAAAAAGAUGAACUUGUUGCACCCUUUCUCCCGUACCCAAAUUCAACUUCCUCCACUAAUAUCAUUGGUGGUUUCACUUGGUGUGAAAAUAAUGUCUAUUGGAGGGGAGUCACUUAUCCAAAAAGUUGCCUUAUCUGCCAAUCCUUCUAUUACAUCAGAUUACGUAUUGAUGGUUUCUGUUCUUAUAGACCAUGAUAAUUAUUUGGCUUUUUGGAGAUCAGGAGACCGCAAGUGGAGUCGUAGUAAUAUUAAUACAACUAUUCAUACAUGGGGUAAAGCCACUAGUAUCAUUUACUAUAAUGGCCAAUUUUAUUGUGUCACUUGUUAUGGCCAACUUUGGGUUUUUGACAUUGUUAUGGAGUCAAAAUCAAUUCAUGCUAAGCCACGCUUUGUUGCCAGGGUGGAUGGUAAUAUUUAUCCAAAUAAACAGUAUUACAGACUAGUCAAAACAUCCAAUGCAUUAUUAAUCGUUACCAAGUCUACGCACUUGAGAUAUAAAGUGUCCGAAUUAGAUACAUUCACAGGUAGAUUGAACAACAUAACCAACUUGGGAGAUUCAUCAAUUUUCUUGAGCAAUGAUGGAGGUAGUAUUAUUAAUUGCUCUGGAUUUCGAGGAGUAGUCAAGGCUAAUCACAUAUAUUUUACUGAUAUGUGGACAUACAAUAUUGAAGAUGAAAAAAUUGAAUAUUUUCAUCCUGGACCAAGUUCUAUUUGUCCGCUAACUUGGGUUACACCAUCAUUCCAACACUGCCAUGUGACUCGGAGGGGUUGUUGUCUCUGA